GUGCCGCGCCGCGCCGCAAGCCACGAUUUUUCACUGCAGCCGAAAUGUCUGAUGGUCGCAAGUAAACAAUGAUGCUCAUCGGCAAGUAUCGCUCGGGAAUAAGACACCAAAUUUCUGUCCGUCCUUCGGCGUGAAUACCCUGAUGGCAAAAUGCUCAAAGCUGGCAAAAGCGAUGUAAUCGGCUCGGGAAAUGCUAACCUGAGUCUUACUCCAGCAGAAAAUAAGGUCCUGACUAACAACCAGGGUGGGCGAGAUGAAAUUAAAAAUGAAGUAGAUUUGACCGUCACAGACGGCUUUGACUUCUCUGAGGAUGAAGAAUUUGAGCAUUUGAGUGAAUACAUAGACAUAUCUGAAAUAGCAGCUAAACUAAAUAUUAGUCACGAUGACAAUGAAACAAGCAAGGACAGUCCAACAGAAGAGUCCGACCCGUUAGCUCCUGACCAGGACAGAAAGCCAAUUCAGGACGAAUGGAAGACUAAUUGGGGCAUAAAGUGUGGUAUUUGUGGCAUUGUGGUCGCAAACAGACCUAGUUUUGAAACUCAUUUCACGGAAAACCACCCUGGAAAAGCGUUAGUAUACCAGUGUUCCUACUGCAACAAGGUCAUGGACCACUACACAACCUUCAGAUCUCAUCGAUACCGACAUGUUACUGAAGGCAGAUACAAGUGCAACUUCUGCAACAAGGGCUUCUCUGUGCGCUCGCUGCUGAAAGUGCACACAGAAUCGAAACAUCAUCAAAGCAAGCCGUACAUAUGUGAAACGUGCGGCAAGGGAUUCGGAACAAAGCCAGGUUUGAAGCUGCACAUGGAGAAGCACAAGGUGGCCUACCUGGGCAAAGAGUGGCCGUGCAACGUCUGCGGCAAAGUAUUGCUCACAAGCUCUGGACUGAAGGCGCACUUGGCGGUGCACGAGCAGGGCAAACGCUUCAUGUGCGAGUUGUGCGGCAAAACUUUUACCCAAAAGGUCAACAUGCAGCAGCAUCUGAAGGGCCACACCGGGGAAAAGCCGUACACGUGCGACAUUUGUGGCAAAAGGUUCGCGGAAAAGUCGCACUUGAACCGGCAUUGCAGCUUCCACAGUGAUGAUAGGCCUUUCAAGUGUGAUAUUUGUGGCAAAAUGUACAAGACUGAGCGCUGCCUGAAGGUUCACUUGAUGACUCACAAGUCUGAAAGACCCUGCAAAUGCAAUUACUGCGGAAAGGGAUUUCUCUCCAACAACAAACUGAAGCAACACAAGAACAUUCACACUGGAGACAGACCCUUCAAAUGCAAAUUUUGCGCCAAAACGUUCACCAACUACCCUAACUACUUGAAGCACACUAAGCGCCGGCACAAAGAAGAAUUCGCUAAAAUGGGCGGAUCACUAGCCAACCACGACACGAAGAGAAAGCUGGAAGAGUUGAUCGAGGAGGAACCGAUCGCCAAAGCAUCCGGAGCACACGGUGACCUCAAGAAGGAGGCAAAUCCGGUCGUGCUCCCACCGAGUCUCGGCGCUUCGUACAUUCCGUCCAUGCAAAUGAUGAUGCCCGCCGCACCUCAAGACGCCGAUCUGCAGGAGCCGGCCAUGGCCUCGAUCAUGGUGGGCAGCUCCAACGAAAUCAUGUAUCCCGUGCAGAGCGGCAUGGAGGUGGUGCCUCUGUACUCGCAGCUCUACGGAACCUACCAGGAGAACUACAACGCAAUGCCUCUCUGACCAUACGCGUGCUACCGUAUACGACUGACACACUUGAAACAUUCCAAACUCCUCAGCGAGGCAUAAAUCUGUACAUAUUUUUGCUGUACAAAAAUAUAUUUUUGCACCUGGUAUACCAAUAGCGCUUAAGACACUUUUGAUGAACAAUUUGCGUAGUUUCGUCUGCCUCUGAAGCGGAUUUAUGACUGAGUAUGCAUGUAAGGUUGAUCUUCAGUUCAGGUGUUGUGCAUUGAUAAUUCUCAUUCUCACUAAUGGCAGUAUUAUUUUCAUUUUGUUACGCGGUAGGCUUUCAAUUUUUGUACCAUAGAAAAUAUGAAAGGUAGGGUAAAAAUAUUUUGCGCUAAUAAAAAGAUUGGUUGACAAAGAA